CCCCUCCUGGCGGCUCAGCGGGAGAGCAGGCGUGGUGGGAGGGAAGCGGGUCACGUGGGAGGGGAGGCAAGAUGGCGGCCGGCGGGCUGUCUGCGAGGAGCAGCAGAGAACUGUGGACCAUUCUUUUGGGGAGAUCAGCUUUGAGAGAACCGGCACAGAUCACAGAAGAGUUGAAUAAACAUUGGCAGAGGUUGCUUGAAGGACUUUGUUACUACAAACCACCCAGUACCAAUUCAGCAGAAAUCGUGAAAGCUGAUAAAAAUGUGCCCGCUUCGUUGAAGGAACUGGGACUCCGCGUCAGCAAGUUUUUGGGUUUGGAUGAGGAGCAAAGCGUGCAGCUCUUACAAUGUUACCUUCAAGAGGAUUAUAAAGGGACCAGAGACUCGCUAAAGACGGUGCUGCAGGAUGACAGGCAGAGCCAGACGCUGCUACUGAAGAUUGCUGAUUACUACUAUGAGGAAAGGUUUUGUAUUCUUCGGUGCGUCCUUCACAUCCUCACUUAUUUCCAGGAUGAGAGGCACCCUUACAUGGUCCCGUAUUCGCAGUGUAUGGAAAAGCUGGAUAAGGAGCUGGUUCCUAAUUAUCGGAAACAGUUUGAAGAGCUGUAUAAAGUCGAAGCGCCUACAUGGGAAACACACGGAAGUCUGAUGACAGAGCGUCAAGUGUCUCGCUGGUUUGUGCAGUGCCUCCGCGAACAAUCCAUGCUGCUGGAGAUCAUCUUCCUCUACUAUGCCUAUUUUGAGAUGACCCCGGAGGAGCUGCUGACUUUCGCCAAGAUGUUCAAGGACCAGGGCUUCGGCACCCGGCAGACCAACCGGCACCUGGUGGAUGAAAGCAUGGACUCCCUGGUGGAUCGGAUUGGGUACUUCAGUGCUCUAAUUCUAGUGGAAGGCAUGGAAAUCGACUCCUUACAUGAACGUUUAUUGGAUGAUAGGAAGGAAGAACAUAAGUUUGCUGGCAAUGGACAGAUCCGCCAGGAGAUAGACCGCCUGCUGCUGACCCUGGGGGACGUCCCCCAUCACGCCCCCGUCCUCUUGGCCUGGGCCUUACUCCGGCACACGCUGAGCGCUGAUGGGUCGAGCGGGGUGAUCCGGCGGAUGGGGAGCACCGCCAUCCAAAUGAACGUCUUCCAGUAUUUGACCAAGCUGCUCCGAGCCAUAAGUUCUGAAGGAAACUGUAUUUCCAGCACCGCCUGCAUGUGCAUCUAUGGCCUCCUGUCCUUCGUGCUGACUUCUCUGGAGCUGCACACGCUCGGCAACCAGCAGGACAUAAUCGACACAGCGUGUGAAGUUUUGGCUGCUUCCAGCAUUCCUCCCUUAUUCUGGAAAACGGAACCAACAGCAGGUCUGGGCAUUAUUUUGGAUAGCGUGUGUGGCAUGUUUCCACACCUCCUCUCUCCUCUUCUUCAGUUACUUACUGCACUUGUUUCAGACAAGUCGACGGCAAAAAAGGUUUACACAUUUUUGGACAAGAUGUCCUUCUAUAUCGAGCUUUAUAAGCACAAGCCAGCAGAUGUCAUCUCUCACGAAGACGGGACCCUCUGGAGGAAGCAGACGCCCAAAUUGCUGUACCCCCUCGGUACAGGUCAAACCAACCUUCGGAUCCCUCAAGGGACAAUCGGGCAGGUGAUGCUGGACGACCGGGCCUACUUGGUACGCUGGGAGUAUUCUUACAGCAGCUGGACACUCUUCACCUGCGAAAUUGAGAUGCUGUUGCAUGUGGUGUCGACGGCUGAUGUCAUCCAGCAUUGCCAAAGGGUUAAGCCCAUCAUCGACCUGGUUCACAAAGUCAUCAGCACCGAUGUGUCCAUUGCCGAUUGCCUCUUGCCCAUCACCUCCCGGAUCUACAUGCUGCUUCACAGGUUAACCACUGUGAUUUCUCCCCCGGUCGACAUCAUCGCCUCUUGUGUCAAAUGCUUAACAGUGCUGGCUUCCCGGAUGCCUGCCAAGGUCUGGACGGAUCUUCAUCACACAGGAUUUUUACCUUUUGUGGCAAAUCCGGUUUCUAAUAUGAGUCACCUGAUCAGUGCAGAGGGAAUGAACGCUGGAGGCUACGGGAAUCUGCUGAUGGGCAUUGAGCAGCCCCAAGGCGAAUACGGCGUGACAAUCUCCUUCCUGAAUUUAGUCAUGACGCUAGUCCGGGGGCAGCUGGGCAGCACCCAGAGCCAGGGCCUGGUGCCGUGCAUCGUGUUUGUCCUGAAGGAGAUGCUGCCAAAUUAUCACAAGUGGCGCUAUAACUCCCAUGGAGUGAGAGAAAAAAUAGGAUACCUUAUCCUCCAGCUGAUCCAUGCAAUUUUGAACCUGUGCCCUGAAAUGGAUCCUCGUAGCAGUGCCCCCAGCCUCCAGUCCCUCUGCAUCUUCAGCCUGGCCAAUACGGAAGCAGGCCAGGCGGUCAUCAGCAUCAUGGGCAUCGGAGUGGACACCAUCGAUAUGGUGAUGGCCAGCCAGUCCUGCAGCGAUGGGGAGUCUCAGGGCCAGCUCCUGAUCCAGACGGUGAAACUGGCGUUCUCCGUCACCAACAACGUCAUCCGGUUGAAGCCUCCCUCCAGCGUUGUGUCGCCUCUGGAACACGCCCUGACUCAGCACGGGGCCCACCGGAACAAUCUGAUCGCUGUCUUAGCCAAGUACAUCUACCAUAAACAUGACCCAGCCUUGCCACGACUAGCCAUCCAGCUCCUGAAGCGGCUGGCAACGGUGGCUCCGAUGUCUGUCUACGCCUGCCUGGGCAGUGACGCCUCUGCCAUUCGCGAUGCCUUCCUGACCCGCUUGCAGAGCAGAAUUGAGGACAUGCGCAUCAAAGUCAUGAUCCUCGACUUCCUCACGGUGGCCGUGGAAACCCAGCCGGGCCUGAUUGAAUUGUUUCUUAACCUGGAAGUGAAAGACGGGAGCGAGGGCUGCAAGGAGUUCAGCUUAGGGGAAUGGAGCUGCCUUCACGUGGUCCUGGAGCUGAUUGACUCCAAACAGCAGGAGCGCUACUGGUGUCCCCCCCUCCUGCAACGAGCCACCGUUGCUUUUCUCCACGCCCUGUGGCAGGACCGCCGAGACAGCGCCAUGCUGGUCCUCAGGAACAAGCCAAAGUUUUGGGGAAACUUAACCAACCCGUUGUUUGGAAUCCUUCCUCCACCGUCCGAAACAUCUGAGCUGAGUGUCUUGGAAACCUGUGCCUUGAUAAUGAAAAUCAUUUGCCUGGAGAUUUAUUCCGUGGUCAAGGGGUCUCUGGACCAGUCCUUGAAGGACACACUCAAGAAGUUUUCAGCCGAGAAGCGCUUUGCUUACUGGUCGGGCUACGUGAAGUCCCUGGCCUUCCAUGUGGCCGAGACGGAGGGCAGCCGCUGCGCUUCCGUGACCGAGUACCAGAUGCUGAUCUCCGCUUGGCGAAUGCUGCUUGUGGUUUCCACCAGCCACGCCGAUAUCGUGAACUUGACGGACACGGAGGUUCAGCAGCUGUUCCUGGAUGUCUUGAGUGGGACCAAGGCUUUGCUGCUGGUUCCCACUUCCGGGUGCUGCCUGCAGUUAGGAUCCAUGCUGUGCACCCUCCUGCUAAUUCUGCUGCGACAGUGGAGGAGCAAGUUGGGCUCGGCGGAGAAAAUCAUCAACUCCUUGACGCAGAUCCUGGACGGAGUCCUUCAGGCUGACCAGCAGAUGAUGGAGAAGACCAAGGCCAAGGUCUUCUCCGCACUCGUCACCGUCCUGCAGAUGAAAGAAAUGAAAGCAAGCGAAAUCCCUCAGUACUCGCAGCUGGUGCUGAGCGUGUGUGAGACCCUUCAGGAGGAAUUCAUCGCCCUCUUCGACCACACCCGGCAUUGCUUGACUUCGGGAGAUUCCCUGGAGGACAAAGACAGCAUGGAGACGGACGACAUCUCCCGGCACAGGCAGAAGGACCAGCGAGACGGGGUGUGCGUGCUGGGCCUCCACUUGGCCAAGGAGCUGUGCGAAGUGGACGAAGAGGGAGACGGCUGGCUGCAAGUGACACGGAGCCUCCCGCUGCUCCCCACCCUCUGCACCACCCUGGAGGUCAGCCUGAGGCUGAAGCAGAAUUUGCACUUCACCGAAGCCUCACUGCACCUGCUGCUCACCUUGGCCAAGACCCAGCAGGGGGCAGCAGCCGUGGCCACAGCCGGCAUCCUUCACAGCAUCUGCUUGCCCCUCCUGAGCGUCUACCAGCUGAGCAGCAAUGGAGGGGGACAGGUCCCCGUUUCCUCUCGGCGGUCUCUGGACGGCCCGUCCUGGCCCGGUGUCUACCGCCUCUCCGUAUCGCUGAUGGAGCGCCUGCUGAAGACCCUCCGGUACAACUUCCUGACCGACGCCUUGGACUUUGUGGGUGUCCAUCAGGAGAGGAUCCUUCAGUGCUUAAACGCCGUCCGGACGGUGCAGAGCCUGGCCUGCCUGGAAGAAGCAGAUCACACCGUGGGGUUCCUCCUCCAGCUGUCCAACUUCAUGAAGGAGUGGCAGUUCCACCUGCCCCAGCUCCUCAGGGACGUCCAGGUCAAUUUGUGCUACUUGUGCCAGUCCUGCACUUCACUGCUCCACAGCCGCAAAAUGCUCCAGCACUACUUGCAGGCCAAGAACGGCGAGUCCCUUCCCUCGGCAGUCCUGCCUCGCCUCCAGAGAGCCCCGCAGGUUUCGGCCAAGCCGGCCAGCCCGGAGACGGAGGCGGCUGAGCAGAGGGCGCUGCGCACCGUCCAGUACAGCCUCCUGAAAAUCCUCAGCAAGUGUCUGGCGGCCUUACGUCACUUCACCCCUGACAUCUGUCAGAUCCUUCUCGACCAGUCCCUGGACCUGGCAGAGUACAGCAUCCUUUUCAUGCUCAGCUUUACGACUCCGGCCUUCGACUCGGAGGCGCCCCCUUCUUUUGGGACCCUGCUGGCCACCAUCAAUGUGGCCCUGAACAUGUUGGGGGAGUUGGAUAAGAAGAAGGACCCCUUCAGUCUGGCUGCAGGACCCUCCCCCCAGCAGGAAGGGAACAAGACACUCAAGCCCCUCCUGAUGUUCACCAUGGAAAACUGCUUCUACCUUCUCAUCUCUCAAGCGGUUCGGUAUUUGAAGGAUCCGGCGGUGCACUCGCGAGACAAACAGCGCAUGAAACAGGAGCUCAGCUCAGAGCUGAGCACGCUGCUCUCCAGCCUGUCUCGCUAUUUCCGCCGCGGUGGCCCUUCCUCGCCUGCCGGGGGCCUCCUGCCCUCCCCCCAGGGAAAACCCUCCUCCAAGCUGGGGCCGGAAGGCCAGGAGCCCCUCUUCCAGCUGGUCCAGACCUUCGUCCGACACGUGCAAAGAUAAGACGCCACCCGCUCUGGCUGGAGAUGACGCCCACUCGGUCUCCCAUCCCUUCUGGGACCUCCACCAGGGAGGCGUUGGCUGCUCUCUUCCAGCAAAGGGCCCCCUGUCGGUGGGACAGACCCACUCCUCGCCCCCUCUGCCCCAAACAAGUAAAUCCGACUCGGCCUUCAUAAGCCUCUCCCUUAUUUUUCUAGCUUAACGCACAGUCCAGGAUGGGAAACAGAUGGAGAGAGCUUGAAUAUCCCUUCCGAAAAGAAUACCGGGCAUUAAUCUCGUAGGCCAAGGACGGUUUUUGUGACGGAGGGGGGCUUUGCAAAGGAAGGGCAGAGACCCCCCUCGUCCCCUUUGCUUUCCACGGGACCCGUCUCUGCCGUUCCCAGCGCAGAGAGGAGCUAUUUUUAUAAAGCCCCCGAUUUGCUUUCCCAGGAUCGGGAAAGAACCAGAAUCCCAUCGCUUGAGUCUCCCCCUUUUUUUGUACGAGUUGUUUCCUAUUUAUAUUGAUUAAACACGUUUCUAAGCAA